UUAUUAUGACGCAAUAGUAUGUAUGAAAAAUUAAAUAAAAUUGAUAUUCGCCAUCUCGCCCCAACGAACAACGUCUCAUAGACAAAAUUACCAUCAACUUGAGUUGAUUGCCGGUCAAGUAAAAAAAAAAUAAUUAAAAAAAACAAAAGCAAACCAAGUGAAGUCAUCGCAUAAUACUUUUUAAUACAAAUAAAUUUUGUUUUGUCGUAUCGUAAUUCGAAAAAAGAAAAAUGUUGAGAACUCGCAUUGCUCCUACAUUGGCUAAAUUUGCCAAUGUUAAUAUACGAUAUGCUUCUUGUCAGUCGCAGUCGGUCUUCAUGCAAUCUGUUGCACGAAUGAACACACAGUCAACAACUACAUUUAUUGGAAGACAACCAAAUGGUUUCUUAGAUUCAACAUCGAUUUUGAAGUCACCAAAUUUAAUAGCUUACAAAGCCUAUUCCACAAAACAAUCCGAACUACCAUCCAAACAAGAAUUGGAAAAAUAUUUUUUCAAAGUUACAGUUGUGGUUUGGGAUUUGAUUUGGAAAAUAACUUUGUGGGCAUGGGGAAUGUGUAGGAAGCACAUCAUCAAUAAUCCAGCAGUUCAGUCUAAUUGGAAGACAUUCAAUGAAAAACUCGAAGAAGCACGAAAGAAUUAAAGUUGUUGUUUAUAAUUUGCAUUUAUUUAUUUAUUGAUAAUAAUUAAAAUGCUCAUCUGGCCGCUGAAUUUUGUAUCCGCAUGAAUUUUGUUUGUAUCAAGUUACCACUGGACUAGUGGAAUGAGACUCGCUUGAUGAACAAAAACAAAAUAAAAAAAUUUGUUGUAUUUACUAAAUUUACUAAAAAAAAUAAAUGUUUUUAUUUAUUCAAAUUUAAAA